GAUUAGAUUAGGGCAGGUCCGUGUACCGUCUCCACUGUUUUCACACUUUUAACGACACAUUUAAACUGCUUCCAAAACUUCGUCAUAUUUAUAUGUGACUUCGCUCAACGCUUCGCAGCCGCGUCCAUCCUUCACUUCCACUUGGUCCCGCUUGUUCGUUACUUGAAAGUACGAAAUUGUACGUGUUUUCUUGUUCUGUGUCAGUCGCGAAUGGCUCGACGAACGUAACAUAACAUAAUAAACCACACUCAGUGACUAUGGGACGCCCCAGAUCCGUCGAGGCCGGAGACGUAAUUUUUAUCGCGAAGAUCACCGAGCGCUACAUUUGAGUAAACAUUGCUGCUCGACGAAAUCGAGCUUACAACGCCAAUAUGGGACUUCUUUUCUCCAAAUUAUGGAGCCUUUUUGGGAACAAAGAGCACAAAAUAGUCAUGGUUGGUUUGGACAAUGCAGGGAAGACUACGAUUCUGUAUCAGUUCUUAAUGAACGAAGUUGUUCACACGUCUCCAACUAUUGGUUCAAAUGUCGAAGAAGUUGUAUGGAAAAAUAUUCAUUUUAUAAUGUGGGAUUUGGGUGGCCAGCAGAGUCUACGAGCUGCAUGGUCAACUUAUUAUACAAACACUGAAUUUAUCAUUAUGGUGAUAGAUAGUACAGAUAGAGAGAGACUCAGUGUAAUCAGGGAAGAACUUUAUUCAAUGUUGAAUCACGAAGAACUCAGUAAAGCCAAUGUUCUAGUCUAUGCCAAUAAGCAGGAUUUGAAAGGCAGUAUGUCGGCAGCUGAAAUUUCAAGACAAUUGGAUUUAACAUCCAUCAAGAAGCAUCAGUGGCAUAUACAGAGUUGUUGUGCACUGACCGGAGAAGGUCUGUACCAGGGCUUGGAAUGGAUUGUUGGACGUCUAAAGAAAACAUGACGCACAUUGUGAACAUCGCAAGCAACUCUAACAAACUAUUACGACUGUAUAAAAAAUCCGACGAUUAGGUACCGUGCCACUUUGAUGGUUGUACAAAGUAACACAUUCUUCUAGACUUAGCUAAAUUUGGUAUGACUCUGAAAGUGUAGUUGCAUAAAUUAAUGCGGCUCUGUGGAACAUUUUACUAUGAGUGGUGGACGGGACGAAGGUCCAUUGAUACAAAAAAAAAUUUGAGAAGAAUGUGUAUGAAAGAUUUGAGAAGAUUUAAAUUUCCGAAUGAGAUGAGGCAGAGACUGAAGAAUUCUUAUGAAAUUAUUUUGUCCCUGUAAUAGUAAAUGAUCGAAUACCUCACUGUCGAUGUAGAAUUAUGUCAAAUUAUUACUACUGAUAAUGAUUUGACUUUGGCCACUUGGCUUUGAAAUAGUUAUCCCCAAUUAUUACUUUAUUACGAAUUUACGUAAUUUGCUUAGAAACAUGGAAAAUGCAACUGAACCAUUUUACCUUAAUUCGUCUACAAAUGCAUAUAUACUAUUUUCAUAUCGAGGAAAACGGGUGACGUGCAUUUCGUAGUUCGUUUCGCUUUCUUAGAGACCACUACUGAAAUUAUAUUAAUACAAUUUUGCGACAAUGCAUACAACAUUUUUAAUUGCAAUCAAUAUAAAUUCUGCUCAAAGGUAUGAAUUGAAUAUGGUUUUUCGAGUAAGCCUAGCCAACGAAGUUUAACAUGGAGAUUCUCCAUUUUACUCUUGCAAGAUACAAAUUGCUCAAGAUGGUUCUGUUGCUUUAUGAAUCCCGUCCACCUUUGAUGAUUUUGAUGACAACUUAGUAGAAAGAAAAAAUAAAAACCCGUGGACGUAUCAAGUCAAUGUAUAAACAAACGAAUCUUCUUCUUGAUCCUGUUGACUUUAUGCUCUAGAGAGCCAAGUGCCAGAAAGAAACGAAUGAAAAGUCAGUCGUACGGCUUGUUGCGCAAUUACAGAGGUAGGCAGGCAGUGUAUAUAGUUUUUAUACUUCAUCGGUGACAGUAAUCCAAUGUAAAAAGAUAAACAGACACAAGUAAUGCAUGGACGCAGGAAUACGACACAUGAAACGUAGAGACACACUAUACACAUUGGUGAUAACUAUAAAUUGCCUCAAAUUUUGAACGUCCUUGCGUGAUAAUUUAACUGAUUUAUUAGAGCUUGAUCACAUGGGAACAUCUUGUAAGACUUCAGGGACUUCAGGACAAGGUUACUCAACAAGCACGACUUAAAACUUAGACAGAAUCCAGACUACUCUGUGAUACGUGGAUUUAAGGGUGAGACAGUUGUCUGAUUUUUGUCAACGGUAUAAGGUCUGUGAAGAUAAAUUAUCAUUUACUGACUCGCGUUUUUUUUUAUUGCUCCAAAAAAAUAUAUUUCUCUUGGUAACGGAGACAACUCAUGUGAUUGUAUAUGCUGGAAGUCGAAUGACAAUGUUGUGACAGAAGUGUGAACAUUUCUUUUUUCUUUGGGUAGUGGCAUUCGAUACGAUUUCAAUUGUCAGACAGAGAAAUACAAAGCAAAAUCAAUACCUGAUUGAUUGUAGAAACCAGACAAUUGUUUCAUUAUUCUCAGCUGAGUUGUGCAAAUAUAAUGACUAAUUUUUAUGUAGCUAUAAAUACUCCCUUAGAUAAUUUUACUUGUAACUUAAAGCAUACGUGGUGAAACAUUACUAAAUAACGAAUCUAAAUAAAGUGUUAUUUUAGUAAUUGUUAAUUAAACCAUAUAAUUGACUAGUGUCAUCUAAAGCCAGAGUGAGAGGAAGAUUUACGAUUACAGAGAGAGAGAGAGAGAUAGAGAGAGAGGGCGUAGUAUUUUUUUCUCAUAUUGAGAAAAGUAAGUAAAAACGAAAAUGAGUUUUUUUAAACGAGCAUGGAAAGCUGUCAUUAUUUCUUUUAUUUGUUUCUGUCUUCCUUUUCUAUCUGUAUAUCAUCUUAUGGACAUGGCCCAGUCCUCAUAGGCAUUUACUUUACAUCCCUGUUGCAUCGAUUGAAGAAGUGAUCAAACAAGAAAGUAAAUUAUUGCAUUUUGCUUAAAAAUUAUUAAUGUAAGAUACGCAUUCCUUUUGAAUGUCCUUCGUACAGCAUUCGCGAGUUAUAAUAUGAAAACAAGCAAAGGAGUAUAUUAUGUACAAAUUUGUUAAAUGAUUUGAGGAUUGAAAUUCUGAAAUAAAAAUAAAGAAACUAUUAUCUACAGCCAAA